AUGAAGUCACUUCAUCGCGCGCCCAUCGCGCUGCUCCUCCUCUCCUCCGCAGGCGCGUGCCUGCCGCAAACGCGCGUCGCCGUCUCGCUGCUCUUCGCCGACGAGGAGAUCGACGUCGACCGGACCGACUUUUCUGACCCCGCGCUCUCUGCUGAGCUCGAGGCCGAGGGCCCGAGCGAGCACGUCGAGUCUGCGGCGCUGCUUCCGGAUGCCAUCGACGACAAGGUGGAGAUUGGGGCAAACAACACGCUGCUCAUCGCGCUGUCGAACCUGGGCGGCAAGAUGUAUAACGUGACGCACGUCGACGGCCACCUCGAGGAGCUCGGCUCCGGCAAGCAGCUCGGCAAGUUUCGCCGGCAGAGCUUUGGCGAGCCUCUCGGCCCGCGCGAGCAGCGCUCGUUCCGGUACCUCUUCGUGCCCCCGCUGAGCAUCAAGCCCGACGCGUACCGCCUCGUCUUCUCCAUCUACUACCAGAACCGCGACGCCGCCAAGUUUGUGGACGCCAUCUUCAACGAGACCGCCAACCUGGUGCCAGCCACCGACCUCGGGAUCGACGCCGACAUGAUGCUGCUCGCGGGCGGCGCGGCGGCGGGCGCGGCGAUGCUCUUCGCCAUCGGCUACCUGCUCUCCUCGGGCAGCGGGGCGCCGCCGGCCAAGGCCAAGAAGGCCGCGGCGUCGGCGAAGGCGAGCGGCAACGGCGAGGCGAGCGAAUGGCUGCAGGGCACGGCGGCGGGCAGCGAGGGCAAGCCGCGCAGCGGGCGCUCCAAGAAGCGGUCGUGAAGCGGCCGAGAGAGGGAGGGAGGAGAGAGAGAGAGAGAGAGAGAGAGAGAGAGAGAGAGAGUGAGAGAGAGAGAGGACGUGGCUGCGCUGGAAGCUGGCUGGAAGUCGACUAGGACCCGGCACUGUGCCGAGAGGCCGUGGCCGAGGGUGUGCGUCGAGCGUGCACUCGACCCGCUCGUAGUACCACACAAUCUGACACCACAGUUGGAUGCUUGGAUCCAUAUGAACUUUUCACGAACUGAGAACUGUGAACU